AUGACGUCCGUGCUUUUCUUUCAGCAAGCCGGCGCAUAUGGCCCCACAGGACAUUGUCUUGUCGCAAUCUUGGGAUAUUCGUGGUCCUCGGAGUAUUCAAAGUCUGUUUUGGAUACCUUUUUUCCGACGGCAACUGCCCUUUGUGCUGCUGCUAACUGGCCAGAUUCAAUUAAAGGAAAUCCGCUUUACAAACAAACCAUUCGCGAACACUAUAUGUCAGAUUGGGAGAGUCCAGAGCCUUUCUCUUUUCACGAUAACCAAAGAUGUCCACAAAUCCCAUUUGAUGCAAAAUCCUGCCCCAACGAUCAUUGCAUCAUUCGAGCUAUGCACAAAUAUUGCACAAAGCUUUAUUAUCAAUUUGAGACGAUCUUACCACACAUUGAGAUGAGUCUUUUCAAUGGGAAAGAAAAGCGGCAGCAGUUGGACCACUCUUCCUCAAAGGAGUUUAAAGAAUCUCUAAUGUUUAUCAUCCAUUUGCUUGGAGACGCUCAUCAGCCUCUUCAUCUCUGUGGGAAAGAGAGAGGUGGAAAUGAAAGGAUCGUUUCGUAUAACGGGAAAACGAUCGAUCUUCAUUCGAUGUGGGAUACUCAUCUUCUUUCUAGCAAAAUCGAGCAACACCAUCAAGGGUCCUACGAGCAAUAUCUCCUGGCGCUGCUAGCUCAGGAAACCGCCUCAAAAUAUGCCAGCAAUAAGCAUGGGAAACAGCAAACACAACAACAUGCAAUCUUAUCCCUAGAAUGGUUUGUGCAGUGGACCUCCAUGGUUCAUUGCAAUUAUGCGCCUGUCAUUUGGAAUGAUGUUUUGAGCAGAAAGGUGUUCGAAAUCGCCCAUUCUGAGUAUGAAAAAAAUGCUUUCAACGUCAUGGAUGAUUUAUUAAUUGCAGCGGGGCAUACGUUGGCACAAGUGCUUGAUGAAAUUUUUAGCUUGAAAAAUUAA